UAGCGACAACUUAGCAGUAUAAACAAGAUAAGUCUGUACCAAAGAGGCGUGAGCGUAAAAAUUCAGGUCUUCCUACUUCUCAAUUGGUAGUUAAUUUAACAUUUCAUUUUCUCUCAUACUGAAAUCAUGGCUGAAAAAAUAGGAAAGGCGUGUGAAAAUACGAAUUUUGUAGCCAAUGAUCAAAUCUGGAAAGAUCAUAUAAAAUAUGAAAUUGUUGCUGCAAGAAAGUGGCCAAAAGAAUGGGGUUUUCUGAAGACAAGCUACAGGGAUCUGGUUAAAGAUGAUUUUGUAAAGAAAGAGACAAAAAAGAUCGAACUACCCGCUGCAUUAAUACUUCCACCAAUAACGCCGAUAUCCCGAUACAUCAAGGUGUAUCCGUCGCCCAUGCCCUUCCCGCGAACGACAAGUUCUGAAGUAGGAUGGCGGUCCUCGUGUCCUGAACACAGCCUGGAGAAGUAUGGCGGGAAUGCACGACCAAAAGGAGGCCUCGUCAAGCAGUUAAAAUGGCCACCAGAGGGCAUCAUUUAAAAGCGAUAUUCAUCUUUCUUUUGUACUUCUGUUGGUUGUGAUAUAAUUGCCUCAAUAUACAGUGACUAUGGGAAUGUUAACAAAGAAGAUCUGGGGUGGGGUUUGUUUUACCUUGCUCUGAUUGCCUAAAGAAAGAAUGCUAACAGAUACAGUACGUAUAUUUACAUUUAACAAGCAUACUAUGAUUUUUGCAUGGGUAAACAUCAAGGAUAUUUUUGUAAACAAUGCACAAAAAAACUUAACAGAAAAUAUUGGGCUUGCUUCAUGGUGUAGCAGUCUGUAUUACUAUUGAACUUGCAAACAUACAAACAGUGAUGUAGCUACAAGUAUUAAGAUGGCGAUGGGGAGUGCGGAUUGGGAAAAUGGUUAAGUUAGGGGUUGGGAGUACUAGCUGCGAGAACCAAGUUACCCGAGUUAAUUUUAGCUAUAUGGGUGGGCUGCAAACUUUUUCAGAGGAGUGUGCUCUAUGCCCCUUCACCUGACGUACCCCACUGCUUACAAACAUAUUUGACAUGUGGUAAUACUAGUUGUGCACGUACACCUUUCCUGCAUUACAUCUUGUAUCGUAAAGACCUGUACCUAAAUCGCAGUAAAUUAGACAAAUCAUGGAGGUUUAAUACCCUCAUGGACAUAAAGGCCAAGGAAAAAUAAAAGUGUCAUUAUUAAUUUAAGCAGGAACUAUGAUUGAGGCACAUGCCCAGACAAAAUUGCCUGUACAAAUGCUCUUCAUGACAAGAUGCUGGGUCAUGUGAACGAAACCGGUCCUUCUUAUUGGUCAAAUAUAAAUAGGAAGCAAAACAGGCCUACAGCCGUCAUCAUGAAUCUUAACAUGGCUGACUGUGGCCUAAUAAAAAUGUUGUUACAUGCGAAUGUGUGUAUAGAGUUUGCAAGCAUAAGGAUUAAUAAUUUAUAAGUGAGCCUAACCAAAAUAUUAGAAGACCAGGAGACAGACCUCCCCUUCAGGUAUCAUUAAACUUCAAAUAGCAUUAAAAUAUACAGCCGAAAAUAAUAGCACUACAGACAGCAUUUGCCAUUACAUACUUGAUUACUAAAAGAUGGGUAUCUGCGUAGGCGUAGGCAUUAAUUUUGUGUACAUAUAUCAAUCAGUGGAAGCUGUUGGAAAAUGAGGCUAAUAUAUAAAUGAAAAAAACAGGAGUUGGGAUAUUGGAGCAAUAAUAUUAUGAUAAUUUAUAUUUUGUAGCAGACAGUAGACUGAAUUAUGCUCGGUUAAAUUAAUAUGGAAUAAAAUUAGUUUAGUUUUCUUUAUACAUUGCAUAAUUGAAUAUAAUUGUGCAUAUUAUUAUGGUUUAUUAUUUAUUUUAAUAUUAAUAUGUCGGUUUUAUUAAUGCCAACGACUCUAUGCAAUUUACUUUAUUAUCCCGAUCAUAUCAAUCACCUUGCUCCGAGGCGUAGGUUGGUUUUGGCCUGGGGAGGUACGGAAAUUGUGAAUAAGGAAUGAAAUACCUAUUCCAAUGAAAACUCUGUGAUAAUUUUCCCCAAUUAAUUUAACUAAUAUGCUACUGUGGUAGGAAGGGGAUGCAUACCAGGGGCGGAUCCAGAAAUGUCCGAAAGGGUGGAAUUUUGCGGGGGGAUUCCCCCGCGAAAUUUUGUGUCCUAGACGCCGGAACAUAACAUUUGAGGCCUCCUGGGCUAUCAUUUUUUUCCUUUUCUCUCUCUUCCUUUUUUUUUUACCUCCCAAAAGGGGGGGGGGGCAGGCCCCACUAAAUCCGCCCCUGCAUACUCAACCCAGAUUAUUCCACUUUCCAGUAUGCUGCAGACUAGCACCAUGUACAUUGGCAUUCGUAUACCUGCUACCUGUUAUUGAGAAAUAUAAUAUGGACGAGGUGUCUUGCCCACAGGCUAACAGUGGAUCUAUGGAUAUUAACCUAGGGGAGGGCUAGAUUGGACUAGGAUAGGAAUGAGGGAUGUUAGCUGGGGUAAUGGGGUUAUACUUCACCUUGGGCACAGAGUGAUAUUUUUAACUAAUUAAGUGUAAUUUUUUCUUAGUAAAGUGUGAGGAUGCUUGUGAGGGAACGUUUUUAUCCUUUUUUGAACAAUUAUCAAUUAUUGGUUGUUUCUUCCCCCACAAAUAGCAAUGAUGUUCAUAAUCUAUUUUGUUAAUAUUAAGAACAAAGGUAUGCAGUAUAUAAGAAUUAUUUUGUAUAACUGAUCUUGAAAAUACAGUAUUAAAAUUGAAAGCUAUAUA